UAUAUAUUGGAUUAGUUGACUACGAUUUAGCCCAUGGGCUAGUUGACAGACAUGGCAUGAAAGGGAUAUUCUAAAAAUAUAUUCCCUUGUUUAAAAGUAAGCAAUUAUUUGAAACAGUUAUAUUCGCCUGUUCAACCUGAAUCGAAGGAGUGGGAGAUCAAGGAUUUACACUCCCACCCAAACUGUUGCGCAACGAAAUGUCCCUGACGCGGGGCGCAAAGUCUUUAUUGCCUUGCAUCUGCGGUUGACAGGACAGUCGCGGGGUGACUAUAGGUAAACGAGGAAAAAAGCUGUUAUUUCUGGAUAGCCUAUCUGUCGAAGGGAUACAUAAAAUGACGAUACAUAACCAAGGAAAUUAAGCCCGCUUGUGGUUGAUGGACGGUGAGGCUUGAGCUCAAGCCAGUGAUGCAAACGACAAGGACCUUGUGUUGGCAGGGAGGACUGGGUGUUGCUUUGCUGUUUCUUCUUUUCCCGCUUCUCAGGCCCGAACCACUACAUCUCCAGCUGUCAUCCAACAGACUUUUGGAGCCCCAGAAUGUGACACUGGCGGCUAUCUUGCCUUUGAGCAACACUAAUUACCCAUGGGCCUGGCCUCGCGUGGGCCCGGCGCUGAUCAGGGCUCUGGAGCAAGUGAACGACAACCCCAACUUGCUGCCAGGUCACCGCUUGCGCCUCAUAUUCAACAGUAGCGAAAAUAAGGACGGCUUCUGCUCGGACUCAGUGGCGCCCCUGGUGGCGGUGGACUUCAAGUUCUCCUAUGACCCGUGGGCCUUCAUCGGGCCCGGCUGCGACUACUCCUCGUCUCCCGUUGGCCGCUUCACAACCCACUGGGACGUCCCCAUGGUGACGGCCGGGGCAGCGGCCAUCGGCUUCAAAAUGUUCACAUCCAUCACCAACACGGGUCCCACUCACAAGAAACUGGGCGAGUUUGGGGUGCACCUGCACCGCCAUUUUGGUUGGCACAAGCACGGCAUGAUCAUGUUCAGCGACAACAAGGACGACGACCGGCCGUACUACUUCACAGCUGAGGGAAUGUACACUCAGCUGCACCUGGAGAACAUCACCACGGCCGAUCUGGUCUUCAACGAGAACAGUUUCCACUACGACAGCCUCAUCACCGAGAUCAGCCAGGGUGCCCGAGUGGUCCACUCGUUCUGCUCCUGGGACACCUUCCGGAGGCUGAUGGUUCAGUUCCGGGUGAGGGGCCUGCCCUCGGAGGACUACGUCUUCUUCUUCAUCGACCUGUUCGGUCACAGCCUGAGGGAGGAGCCGGCCAGGCCCUGGCACAGAGGAGACGCACACGACCGCCAAGCCAAGGAGGCCUUCCGGAAUGUGAAGAUCCUGACCUACAAUGAGCCACAAAACCCAGAGUACCGGGAAUUCGUCGCCAACCUAAAGACAGACGCCAUGAAGAUGUUCAACUUUACUGUGGAAGACUCUCUGAUGAACCUGAUAGCAGGAGGCUUCUAUGACGGGGUCCUGCUUUACUCACAGGCCUUGAAUGAGACCCUGGCCGAGGGAGGGGGCCGUCCGCGAGGGAACACCGUCACCAGGAAGAUGUGGAACCGCACGUUCCACGGUGUAACUGGCUUGCUUCAAAUUGACGAGGAAGGCGAUCGGGAGAUUGACUUUGCCUUGUGGGACAUGACCGAUGUUGAAUCUGGGGUCUUUCAGGUUGUGUCCGUGUACAACAGCACGCUGAAGGAGUUGGUUCCGGUUCCGGGCAUGAAGGUCCAGUGGCCAGGGGGAGCCCCCCCACCAGACAUCCCUGAGUGUGGCUUCAAGAAUGACAAGCCCGCCUGCUUAACAAGGACUGUCACGAUGCACCAGAUGGUGGCCAUCGUGGUGUGCUUCAUCUUCAUCAUCAUCGUCACCGUCACUGUCUUCAUCUACAGGAAGCUGAAGCUGGAAAACGAGUUGGCCGCUCAGCUCUGGCGGGUGCUGUGGGAGGACGUGCAGAUGAGCAACAUGGAGAAAGUGCUGCGUAGGACCUGCAGCCGACUAACCAUGUCUAUGAGAGGAUCCAACUACGGUUCCCUGCUGACCAUGGAGGGAAACUUCCAGAUCUACGCCAAAACCGGCUACUACAAGGGAAACAUUGCAGCCAUUAAAUAUGUCACCAACAAGAAGCGCAUUGAACUCACCAGGAAGGUGCUCUUUGAGCUCAAACAUAUGCGCGAUGUUCAGAACGAGCACCUGACCCGCUUCAUCGGAGCCUGUAUCGAUCCUCCCAACAUCUGCAUAAUCUCAGAGUACUGCCCCCGGGGCAGUCUGCAGGAUCUUAUGGAGAGCGAAAGCAUCACCUUGGACUGGAUGUUCAGAUACUCUCUCAUCAACGACAUUGUUAAGGGGAUGGCGUUCCUUCACAACAGCGUCAUCGUCUCCCACGGUAACCUGAAAUCAUCAAACUGCGUGGUGGACAGUCGCUUUGUCCUGAAGAUCACCGACUACGGGCUGGCCAGCUUCCGAGAAAAGUCACCUUUUGAGGACACACACUCCUACUAUGCCCGGAAGUUGUGGGCAGCUCCAGAGCUGUUAAGGACAGAUUGUCCCCCGGCCUGUGGCACGCAGAAAGGGGACAUCUACAGCUUUGGCAUUAUUCUGCAAGAGUUGGCUCUGCUGAAAGGGGUCUUCUACAUCGAGGGGGAAACCCACAGCCCCAAAGAGAUCGUAGAGCGUGUGGCGCUGGGCCAGUGGCCCUACCUGCGGCCCUCCCUCUGUCCCCAGAGUCACAGUGAGGAGCUGGGCCAACUCAUGCAGCGCUGCUGGAGCGAGGACGUCAACGAGAGGCCCGAGUUCCACCACAUCAAGCUGCUGCUGCGCAAGCACAACAGAGGUUAUGGCUCCAACAUACUGGACAACCUGCUGUCCCGUAUGGAGCAGUAUGCCAACAACCUGGAGGAGCUGGUGGAGGAGAGGACGCAGGCCUACCAUGAGGAAAAGCGAAAGGCAGAGUCCCUGCUCUACCAGAUACUGCCACACUCCGUAGCAGAUCAGCUGAAGAGAGGGGAGACGGUGCAGGCUGAGGCUUUCGAUUCAGUCACCAUCUACUUCAGUGACAUCGUGGGCUUCACCGCCAUAUCAGCCGAGAGCACGCCCAUGCAGGUUGUGACCCUACUUAAUGACCUCUACACCUGUUUUGAUGCCAUCAUCGACAACUUUGAUGUUUACAAGGUGGAGACGAUUGGCGAUGCGUACAUGGUGGUGUCCGGGCUGCCGGUGAGGAAUGGCAAGCAGCACGGCCGAGAGAUCGCCCGUAUGUCCCUGGCCCUUCUGGAGGCCGUCCACUCCUUCAGGAUCCGCCACCGACCCGACCAGCAGCUCCGUCUGCGCAGCGGCAUCCACAGUGGACCCGUUUGCGCCGGUGUUGUAGGACUGAAGAUGCCUCGCUUCUGCCUGUUCGGCGACACCGUGAACACGGCCUCUCGCAUGGAGUCCAACGGCGAGGCCCUGAAGAUCCACGUGUCGGAGGCCACGCGCCUGGUGCUGGAGGACUUCAACUGCUUCCAGCUGGAGCUGAGGGGAGACGUGGAGAUGAAAGGCAAAGGGAGAAUGAGGACCUACUGGCUACUGGGGGAGAGCACCAACGACACAGCUUAAUACAGGCCGCGAGAGAGAGUUAUGCUUGGACUGUAGAGUAUGAGGAAGGAAAGGAAGGGAGGACUGGGUUGUAGGAAACAGACUGACAUACUCCGGGGAACUCCUUACGGAAUGAUGCAUUCGCUCAGUCUCACUGCUUUUCAUGACAAUGCACUGGAACUACCAGAUGAAAGAGCUCUCUUCAGAUUCACCUUGGGGUGGGGGUGGGGGGGUAAAAGGUCAGCGUUCAGCGGACAACGGUGGGCAUUCACAACCGAACGGACAAUAUCAAAGCCAUACCGGCGAUUGGUGUGGCGUUGGCGAACUUCGUAAUGCACCCAGUGCUCCAGAGUUCUAUCGCUUUCGUAAACAACCAUUUUGAGACAAUCUCUUGUUAGCCCCGUUGUUUGUGCUAACGGGAGUAGUCCGGUGUGUUUUUCUGUGGUUCUUUUACUUUGUGACUGAUCCAGCGUGUAGAGGCCUUCAGUGUUGUGCGAACCCUUUGCUGUUGUUGUUCUCUUUGUCACACCACAGCCUGCAGUAUUAUGGAGAUUAAAGAUCUCAACAGCAGUCAAACAUUAACCGGGUAAAAGCCAGUGUUCCGUAGGGACACCAUUCCGUCAAGCAUGUCCUGUUAGACUCUGCCCCUAACAAGAUGUAGCGUGGGUUAUCGUCAUGCCAAUGUACACUAUCUAACCGACGGAGGCAGAAUGCAGAGUCCUCUGGGUACUACGUUCUUUUUCAUACAAUUCUCGCAGUAGGCCUCAGAUUCUUUAAUCUGCCCACGCUAAACUGCAAUGACCAUUACAAAAGGACCUUAAAGUGUGUCUGUAAAAUGGAAGCUUUGUGGUUGAACAUUUUACUAACCACUGACAGAUGAUUCACAAAGCAGGUAGCCCUCAGACAUAAACAGUUCCUAAAUGUUUCAACGAAUGUUAACGUUUGUUGAAGUUUAAUUGUGCUUUUUUUUUUUAUAUUUGUUUUACUUAUAUUUCACACUCAAGGGUACAAAUAACGAGUCUAGAUCUUCAAUCGCCUUACUAUUACCAAAUAGUCAUGAGACUCACCUAAGGUUUGCAAAUCCCUUACAACAAACCUCAUUGUUUUGUUGUUUGGUGUGUUUGAGUGGUGUUCUCUUUCUAAGAGAUACAGCAACACCACCUAGUGACAGCUCAGAGGGGAUAUGGCGUACUAACAAGCCCUAUGGGCCGAGUGAAUGUGCUCUCUAAUUACGUUUCCGGAAACAUUUAACGUAUCAUCAGUAGAAUGUACCUUUUCGAACUAUUUUGAUCUGUUUAUUUUCAACGAGAGAAUCACCAACAUAGAUGCCGUAUUAGAUUUUUAUUGCAGGAAAUGCAAACGUUGAGGGUUGUAGGUGUAAAAAGCUUCUACAUUUAGAUUGUUUCCCCUUAAACUGUGACUUGAUUUACCCUAAUCACAUAUGUAUCUACCCCUACAAAAAUGUCCAGUAAUUAUAAUUCACGUAACAAUUCACAUUCCCAUUUGCUGCAGGAUUACUUUGGGCUGUGUGAAACUGCUGAAAUUAAGAUAUAACAUCUGUAUACAUUAAAAGUACAUUUAAUAGUACAUUAAAUAUAUAUUUUUGGAUGCAUUUUAGGAUACAUGUGAUAUACAAAACAAAUUGGCCAAUCAUUAAUUUGUUUUAAUGGAUUUUGAAAUGGAUUUCAAUGUGUGACAUACUGUAGUUUUGGAAAUGUAUUUGGAACACAUACUUUCAUUAAAACAUGUAUUAUGAUUUUUCACAUAUUUUUUGUUAUGAAGGGAAACAACAUUGAUCAGCAGUAACCUAAUGUCAGGUUUGAUCUCGCAACCCAGCAAGCAAAACGAGUGCAAUGACGUAAGUACAGUAUAAUCUAUUUUAUCACAUCAUGAUCAGGGUGUAAAACAGUUGUGUGUAACUUUAUAAAGAAAUCUGAAUGUAUUUUUAGCAACCAUAUAUAGUGCAUCUGUCUGUUUUAAUCUGACAAGAUGACCAUAAUUGCAUAUUUUGGUUUUUUUCUUGUCAGCAUUAAAUAUGUCUUAACCUAACUGUAACAAUUUCUGGUUGCUGGUAAUGUGGUUAAAUGAUUGAUGUUUUCCUAACCAGAAUACCAAUUCAUAACCAAAUUACAACAUGAAGAUCAUUUUAAGGCCGGUCUGACUGCAUACAGUAAUUGCCCUCUGAAUGUGCUGCCAUGGCUUCUUUAAAUGUGUCUCUGAUACAGUAAAAUGUAUUGUGUUGUUUUAGUUGCCUUGUCUGUAUUUGAGAACAGUGGAAUGGGUUUUGAAUUAUGUUAAUAUGUAUUGUUGUGUUUUAAAAUACAAAAUGUUGGGGAGAGGAAAACCUUUGUUAUAUAGCCUGUCUUUUGUUUUCUGGCCAGUUGAAUGUGUUUAUAAAACCAGUAAAGAAUCCCAAACUUU